AUGCCUCCAAGAUGCGCUGCGGAUUGCUUUAAAUUGGCGUUUUUUGGAGUGAGCAGCGCGUGCCUUGUUGCAGGCGGCCGGGGGCGCAGCGCGAUGGCCAGGGACGAGGACGCCGCGGUGGCCGGCAGCCCCCAGCAGCGCCGCGACGCCGCCCAGGGCGACGGCGGCGGCGGCGGCGGCGGCGGAGGAGGAGCAGCGGAGGGAGCCAUGAAGAGCGCGGGCGCCGCCCCCGACAGCCCGUCCGCCCCCGCGCAGCGCCUGGCGCACGCGCACAGCGUCAUCGCGCACCUGCAGCAGAACCUCGCCACGCAGCUCAAGCCCUCCACGGUGGAGGCCCUGCGCUCCGGCCCCGCGCCCCCCGCGCACCGCAACGGACUCGCAGGUACCUAUAGUCGGGUGCAGUAGGCGCCCCGUCGGCCGCGCCGUCGCCCAGCGCCCCUGCGCCCAGCGCCCCUGCGCC